CAUCUCUCCGGCUGCUCCACCACUCUCCAAGUGUCCACUUGAUCCGUGAGUGGCUGCAGAAAGAAGGGGAAACCGCGAGCGAGAGAAAGCGAAAGAGAGGGACAGCGCCAUGCUGAGGAACUCCACGCACAGAGGCAUGCAUCCGGGGGAGGAGGCGAGGAUGCGCGGCGGGAGUAGCGUGGCUCGGGAGCGGAGACACCUUGCUCUUCGCAUCAACAACCAGGAUGAAGUGAAGCGCUAUCAUCGCUAUUGCAAUCACAGUGGAGGGCAAACGGCUCCCAAGGUGGAGAGGCACCUCCAGAGGGGCGAGGUGGAGGCAGACAACAGGCUUCAUCGCCGCGGGCAACAGCAGCCACACUUGGAAAUCAAGGCUAUUGUCAUCCAGCGUGCCUGGCGCGCCAGCGUGUCACGCCGAGGGAAUUGGCAGGAACAUGACAGGAACGGAAGAAGCCAGAGUCCCGAUGACACCGUAAGGACCACCGACCUUUUCCCGGAGCAGCUCAAGAGCGUCCAGAGCGGCUUCAAGCACACUAACGGUGGAGGCUUCCAGCUGCAGACUGAGGACCUGACGGUGGAUCAGGACGACAACGUCAACAUGAACGUCCCGCCCUUUGAGACCAAAGUUUUGAUCAUCCAGCGCGCCUGGCGUGACUUCCUCCAGAGACAGGAAGCGGACAAGAGGAGCCCCUCCCCGUCUUCGCUGUCUUCCUCGGACAAGAUGAGCAUGUCCAUCAGCAUGGCCACCCUCUCCGAUGGCAGCACCCCGGACUACCGGGAGGAUGGCAUGGACCUGGGGAGCGACGCGUCCAGUCGCUCCAGCUCAGAGUCCAAUUCCAACAAAGUUACUCCUUGCUCCCCUUCUCCUGACCUGCCCACGCUGGAUGACUAUAAAUCCUCCCCUUCUCUGGACCUCGUCACCCUUGAGGACUAUGAGGAGGAUGAGGACUACCAAGAGUACAAGAAGAAGGUGAUGGAGGAGUGGGAGAGCGAGUACGGAGACAACUACGCCUCUCCGCAAGCGCCCGGUCAGGAGGGAGGCAGAAGUGGCAUCAUGGGGCCCGACGAGGUCAGCGAGGGCGACAGGAAGAGCAGCCGCAGCCUUGGAAAAGAAUUACAGGAUGUGAAGUCUGUUCCGCCCCUCUCGGCCCCGAGCGGGCACACCACCGCCGCCGCCACCAUCGCCGCCAUCCCUGAGGAACUCAAACAAAACGGGAAUGUGAUUUCGCCUCGUAGCAACCUGCUCCACUCCCCUGGCACACCACAGGGGGGACUCACGGGGACUCCCAAGCCCAGGCACCAAAGCUUCAGUCAAAGCAGGGGCAGCCGCAGCACAGGCGGGGGUGGCGGAGGAGGAGGCGGUGUUGGGACUGUGGGACGUAUGGGGGGUUACAGAGAAGAGGAGGCUGUAGAAGAAGAGACUCUGCCCACCAUGGACUGGGCAGCCCUGGAGAGGCACCUGGCGGGGCUGCAGUGCCGAGAGCAGGAGAACCAGAACCUCAAUUACAACCAGAACCACAACAUAGGCAAGACCAGCUACACCUCAGCCCAAAAGAAUGAGAGGGAGUCUAUUAGGCAGAAGUUGGCCCUGGGCAGUUUCUUCGACGAUGGGCCUGGCAUCUACACUAGCUGCAGCAAGAGCGGCAAGCCUAGCCUUUCGUCACGGCUCCAGAGCGGCAUGAACCUACAGAUCUGCUUCGUCAACGACAGCGGCAGCGACAAGGACAGCGAUGCGGACGACAGCAAGACGGAGACCAGCCUGGAUACGCCUCUGUCCCCCAUGUCCAAGCAGAGUUCAUCCUACUCGGACCGGGACACCACUGAGGAAGAUUCCGAGUCCCUGGAGGACAUGGACUUCCUGAGUCGGCAGAAGAAGCUCCAGGCGGAGGCCAAGCUGGCGCUGGCCAUGGCCAAGCCCAUGGCUAAGAUGCAGGUGGAGGUGGAGAAACAGAACCGCAAAAAGUCACCCGUGGUCGAUCUGCUCCCACACAUGCCUCACAUCAGUGAAUGUCUCAUGAAAAGAAGCCUGAAGCCCGCCGACCUGAGGGACAUGACGCUGGGGCAACUCCAGGUUAUCGUCAACGAUCUGCACUCCCAGAUCGAGAGUCUGAACGAAGAGUUAGUCCAGCUGCUGGUGGUCAGAGAUGAGCGUCACAUGGAACAAGAUGCUAUGCUGGUCGACAUCGAGGAUCUCACCAGGCAUGCUGAGAGCCAACAGAAACAUUUGGCUGAGAAGACCCUAUCCAAAUAAGAUGCGGUCCCCACCCCCCUGUCGCCGUUCCACCUUCACCGCUCACCACCUGCCAACCCUCCACCGCCUGAACCAAAAUGAACCUCGCCAAACCAUGACGCCUCCAUUUUGAUCCAAAUUUACCCGCUCGUCUCCUUUCGCUGCUUCCCCGCUUUCUCCCGAUGCCUCAAUCGCCUGCACAGAAGACCGCCUCCAUCUUUCAUCUGCUUGCGUUGCUUAAAUCCAGGGGAUACUUCCCCCAAAAGGAGGAGGAGAGGAGAGGGAUUGUGUAUUGUCAUGGAUUCUGUCCCAGCUUCCUGUGCAGUGAUCGGCCUUGCUUUGCUCUCGUUUCCUUACAAAUUUCUACAUUCGCCGCUAAAUUAUUACUGUCAAAUGCAAAAAUUGUGGGAAAAAAAAAGUCAAGUCAUAGUGAAAACUUUAGUAGAAAGUCAGUCUUAAGAUUUAAAAAAAAUAAAAAAUAAAAAAAAAAGAGUAAGAAAAAGAAACAACACUGUCUAAAGAAAAAAAAUGAUGGCUAAUUAUCUUCGGAGCAUUUUAAGUUGGACUGUAAAGUAUUUCAACCUGUUUUUAUUCUGCACAAAUGGUAGUUUUCAACUGAUAAAUGUUUAUUUGAAGGUGCUAAAAGAGUGUGAAGGAAACAUGCCUGCCUUGUAGUGGAGUCGUAGCUUUUGGUAAAUACAUUCACUCGAAUUGCUCUUCAACAUUAUGUGAAUGUUGAUUUUAAUUUUUUUUUUUUUUUUCGGACACGAGUCAUUUUCCAAAAGAAUCGGUGUGUUCAUAUCGUUUUCAUCCUGCUGUGUUCAGAAACUUUAUUUGAGGGAAGAACGUGUUUAUGUACAGAUAUGUAAAUUAAGAAUAAACUUUGUUUCAUAUA